AAGAAAUGGCCGGGUAUUAAAGCGUCCCUCUGCGGAUUUUCCGACCCUCCAUUUUCGCCGCGGCCGGAUUUUUCUGACUCAGAGUCUGCCGGUGACGGCGGCGAAGGAAAAAGGACAGGGAAAAAAAAAAAGUAGAGAAGAAGAAGAAGAAGAAGAAGAAGAAGAAGAAGAAGAAGAAGAGAGAGAGAGAGAGAGAGAGAGAGAGAUGGAUGGGGUGUACCCUGGGGAGGACAUAACCGAUCCCUUCUGGUGUUCCUCUCCUUCCAAUGGAGAAAAACCUAGCAAUUUGAACCGAAACGCUUCGGAGUGGGCGCUUCAUAGAUUCAUCCAUGAAGCCUCUCCUUCCGCUUCUCCCUCUUCCUCCCAGAAGAAAGCAACAGCGGAUACGGGUGGCGGAGGUGGCGCUCGGAACGAUGUUCUCGAGUUAGAGAAGCCGGCAGCCGCGGUGCCUCCCAUGGGCACGCCGGAGUACCAGGCGAUUCUGAAGAAGCGCCUGGAUCUCGCCUGCGCAGUGGUUGCUUUGACCCGGGCACCAGGUGUAAAAUCACAUGAAGCUACUCUGGCUGAUAAUGGGAAUCAAGGUUCAGAAAGAUCUGAGCUAUGUUCUCAAUCAUCGACUAAAGGCCUCUCCAGAACACCAGACAAUGCAGUUGGUGGUCCAGUUGGAAUUCCAGCCUUGCCUGCCAUGCAGAAAAAUCAAGGCCCUCAAGUCAAAAUGACUACAAGUGGAUCGUCAAGAGAACUAUCGGAUGAUGAAGUUGAAGGGGAGACUGAGGUGACAGAGCAAAUGGAUCCUGCUGAUGCAAAACGAAUGCGGAGGAUGCUUUCAAACCGAGAAUCUGCAAGACGUUCACGAAGAAGGAAACAAGCACAUCUGAGUGAGCUUGAGACACAGGUAGCACAGUUGAGAGUCGAGAAUUCAUCAUUACUGAAGAGACUUACAGAUAUCAGCCAAAAGUACAAUGAAGCUUCUGUGGACAAUAGAAUCUUGAAGGCAGAUGUUGAAACACUUAGAGCAAAGGUUAAGAUGGCUGAAGAGACUGUCAAGAGAGUGACCGGUGCAGGGCCCUUUUUCCCAACAAUGACAGAUAUAUCAUCUGUGCACGUGCAAUUCUCCGGCAGUCCACCAGAUAACACAGCAGACUCUGUAGUCCCAGUGCAGGAUGACUCAAAGCACUACUUCCAACCUGUUCAUGUGCAGGAACUGAAUAAUGGCAUCUCAGAUAUCAAUCAUGGAUGUGAAGAAGUUCAUGGUUCCAUAGGCAAGACCGGACGCACUCCUUCCUUGCAGCGAGUUGCAAGCCUAGAGCACUUGCAAAAAAGAAUCCGCGGUGGUGCGAAUGAUGGUCCUACUGCUCCUUGGGCUGGUGGAUGGGAGCCAGAAAACUCUAACAUAGUAGACACCAACAGUAAGCAGAAUCAAAACCUGACUGAAUCAAGAAAUGUGAUAUGAGGACUUCUUUUUUUUUUUUAUUCUGCAUAUGUUUUCAUGUGCAGAUGCAUAAUGAAAAAAGGGCACUUUCAUUCUUUAUUCUGUUACAAAACUAGGUUUCUGUAUCUUCUGUUGAAUUCAACAGCUUCAUGAGUACUUUCUUUGUGCAAUAUCAUAGAAAUCGGUCAAUCUCCUGUA